AAAUAAUCCAAAUUUGUGCCAACGAUUAUUUCGUAAGAGCCUCGAGUGUGAUCCUUGUUCACGGCCUUUCGCUUUUUUUCUUUUCUUGCUUUUUUGUAGCAUGCCACAAAUAAGUAAGUCGCCUAGAAGUGAGUAUUGCGUGAACAAGUGGGUAAUGAUACACACACGGAUACGACAUUGACUCGAAUUCAUUGGGCAGCAUGGGCUGUCUUUCCCGUGGCAUUGUCUGCAAUGUUACGAAAACACGGCGGAUUCUACUACUAUCGAACCACGACACAAAUAUUCGCUUUAGCAUUCUGUGCACUUUACGGUGUCUUUGCAUCAUUGUCAUUGCCUCUCGUUGGCAAGCGACAUCUCAUCAACUGGUCGGUGGCUCGGUUGUACUAUCAUAUGGCAGGCUAUUUAACGGGAAUUUCGGUAUCCAUUGAGGGCAAGGAACACUUGGACUCGAAGCGUAGUGCCGUCUAUGUCGCAAAUCAUCAAACCAGUAUGGAUAUCUUGUUCAUGGCAAGUGUGUUUCCCAAAGCAACCUCUGUUGUUGCCAAGAAGGCACUCAAGUAUUAUCCAUUCUUGGGCUGGUUCAUGACCUUGAGCAAGGCUAUUUUCUUGGAUCGUAAGAACCGUGACAGCGCCAUCAAGGAAGCAAAGCAGGCUGCAUUGGAUAUUCAUAAAAAACAGACUAGCGUAUGGCUUUUCCCUGAAGGCACUCGGGGUUACGCUUCGAAAUUGGAUCUGUUGCCGUUCAAGAAGGGCGCCUUUUACAUGGCUGUGCAGGCGCGUGUUCCUGUGGUACCUAUUGUAAUUGCUAACUAUAACCAUUUGUACGACUUCACAGUCAAACGCUUCGACCCCGGCACCGUCAAGAUCAAAGUAUUACCGCCAGUAGAUACCUCCGAGAUCGACGAAUCUUCUGAAUCAGUGGAUAAACUUGCCUCCAAUGUUCGAGAGAUGAUGUUGGCUACUCUCAAAGAAAUCUCUAUUCCUCCACCUGGCUCUAUUAAUCCUCCAGCAUCACCACCUUCUACUGCGUCAGAUAAAAAGUCGCAUUAAGCAUUCCUAUAUUUUCCUCCAUUGUCAUUCUCUUUAUUCGAUAUUAUUGUUAUAUUAAUUCUUGAUUCAAUAUUUUAUCCUACUGCAUAGACAUUAUCAUGAAACAUAUUGAUGACUACACACGUGUUGCUUAUUUUUUUCAUGUUGCUAAACAGGCGAAGCUUGAAAUCACAGUAAUCCAGCUUGUUGUUGAACACAGGAGCCACAAUGUGUGCAAACGUUGCUCAUUUCGUUUGAAUAAUAGCCUCAUUGCUUUGGACCAGAUACUAGUCGAUCGUAUAAACACUCAGGUUUAUUCUUUUUUCCAUCACCUUCUAUUGCUAUAUUGUUAGCAACAUUUCCUGCUAUCAUCAACAAACAGCGCGUUUCUGU